GUUAGUUUCGCGGCUAAGAUCGUACCGGUCACAUCGUCUUUGAUUCGCUCUACCGUGCGUGGUUGUGCAUCUUGGAGAGACAGAGCGACACAGUGUUGCAAAUAGUUCGCUUCCACCUCUCUCUCUCUCUGUGAUCCUCGCUGUACUGUGAGCUCCAGAUGCGCACCAUGAGCGAUCAUUGCGUUGUGUAGAACAGAUCUUCCCGGGUGGGUAGGAAGUAGUGGAGUGAAGCCCUUCAGUGGCCUUGUAUUAUCCUUUGCCAGAGCUUCGAAAAGAGCCCACAAAAUGGCCGGACUUAACGUCGACGACGUUAAGGUGUCGCUGCAAAAAUUUGGCCUGUACGAUUACGUGGUGUUUGUGUUGAUGCUGUUGAGUUGUGUUAUGAUUGGAGUUUACUUUGGCUUUCUCAAGAAGAAGGCGAAGAAAGGUGAAGCCGAAGCGGACUAUCUGGUCGGCAAUCGACAGAUGAAAAUCAUUCCCGUCUCACUGUCCUUGAUUGCAAGUUUCAUCUCGGGUAUCUCGCUACUGGGUACUCCAACGGAAAUUUAUCUCUAUGGCGUGCAGUACAUGUACAUUGUUGGUGGAGUGAUAAGCAUGGGUUUCAUCAUGAUGUAUUUUUACCUGCCCGUUUUCCACAACCUCAAGCUUACGUCCACCUAUCAAUACCUACAAACUCGUUUCGAUCGACGAAUGCGUCUGUUUGGUUCAAUUCUUUUUACCUUAGCCACGAUGGCGUGGCUGCCCAUAGUAAUCUACGUGCCGGCGCUCGCAUUCAACCAGGUGACCGGCAUCAAUGUGCAUCUCAUCACACCCAUCGUGUGUGUCAUCUGCAUCUUCUACACCUGCGUCGGAGGACUGAAGGCCGUCGUGUGGACCGAUGUGGUGCAGACAAUCCUCAUGUUUGGUGCAAUGCUGCUGAUCAUCAUCAAGGGAACGCUCGAUGUCGGCGGCCUGUCGGUGGUGAUCGAACGUGCCAAGGCGAGUGGUCGCAUCGAGGGUCCCGAUCUGCGCUUUGACAUGACCACACGUCACAACAUCUAUUCGUGUGUGAUCGGUGGUGUGGUGUACUGGCUGAAAACGAACGCCGUCAGUCAAAACAUGAUACAGCGGUACCUGUCCCUGCCCACGUUGGCCUCGGCAAAGAAAGCGCUCUGGACGUUCAUCUUCGGAACGCUGGUCCUGCUGGCACUGUGCUGUUACAGUGGAUUGCUAAUCUACGCCAAGUACUAUGACUGUGAUCCUCUCACUACAAAACUGGCCAAAGCCAAGGAUCAGCUGCUCCCGCUGCUCGUCAUGGACACGUUGGGGGACUUUCCAGGGUUGCCGGGACUGUUCGUGGCGGGAGUGUUCUCCGCUGCGUUAAGCUCGCUCUCCACUGGCCUAAACUCCAUGUCCGCGGUGGUGCUGGAAGACUUUUUCAAACCCUUUUCCAAUCGUCCACUUUCCGAGAAACAAACGUCCAUAAUCAUGCGCGCAGUUGUAGCUAUCUUUGGUGCAAUCUGCGUUGUGUUAGUGUUGGUAGUUGAGAAGCUUGGCUCUGUGCUUCAGCUGUCCAUGAGCCUUGGCAGCGUAAGCAAUGGUCCACUUUUGGGAAUAUUCACCCUCGGUGUGCUGAUUCCUUGGGCCAAUGGAACGGGAGCCAUUGUUGGUGGUACCAUUGGUCUAUUGGUGAUGAUUUGGGUUUGCCUUAAAGCACAGUUAGCCAUAGCUACUGGGGAGCUUGCAUUCGACCUAAAGCCAGUCGACACUCAGGGUUGCAGCUAUCACUUUAUUGCCAGUGAACCGAUGAGCAUGCUUGCGAUAAACACCACUAGCCUCUCGAUAGACGCAACGCCAGUCGAACCCGAGUUUGCACUCUACCACAUAUCCUACCUGUGGUACACGACGAUGGGAGCUCUAAUCACCAUCAUCAUCGCCGUCAUUGUAUCGUUCAUCGUUGGGCCUAACAAACCGGACGAGAUGAAUCCCAACCUCUUCUCGCCAUUCAUCCAACGCAUCCUUGUCCGGCGUAGGAUAGCGGCGCACAACCAGCUCGAAAUGGCAACCGGUGGCAUCAAAGAGAUUAUCCAAUGAUUGAUUCGCCAUUGCCAUGCCAAAAAAAAACGACAAAUGGUGAUGAAUUUUUCAUCUUUUCACUCUAGCUUAAAAUUGAAAUUAAAGAACUUUCAAAAUA